UUCGUCCGCCAAAAUGGCCAAGUCUCACAGCUGAGUAAAGUAAACAUUGACGAAAUGACUGACGAGGAAUUGCUGAUGACAAUGCACAGUUACCCGGACAACAUCGAUGUACUCUGUCAUAGAAAGAUUAGGAUGGGUGUUGUUGGUGACGGUGGCUGGGAGAUUUGUGACGACCCAGAAGUGAGGCCGUCUCAGCCCUGCAUCAUCUACUCGUUUGGCAUCAACAACGAUUUCUCUUUCGAUGAUGACGCGGCUAAAGUUUACGGGUGUCACGUGUAUAGUUUUGACCCAAGCAUGAGUGGCCUAGAACAUUACAAUAGGUCAAAUCAUGUGCACUUCUACAAGCUUGGCCUAGACGGAAAAACGUACACCAACAGCAGAAACUGGACCAUGCUCACGCUCGCUGACAUUCGGAAAAAACUGCGUCACGAAAACACGCCCGUUGACGUCAUCAAAAUGGACAUUGAGUAUUCCGAAUGGCCGAGUAUUAUGGAGAUGACUUCUUCACGUGCGUUGGACGGUGUCCGGCAGUUGUUAAUCGAGUACCAUGUUUAUGGCACCACUCGCGAGGAACUUCUGCCCAGGCUGAAGGCCAUGAAAGCCAUUGAAGCUGCCGGCUUUAGAAGAUUUUACUCCCAUAAAAACGUGUACACCAAGUAUUCGGUUCCAGGGUUUCCUGUUGAGAGAACAUUUUGCUACGAACUUCAUUACCUGCGCCAUUAAUUGCAAGAUGUGUUUAUUUAUUUAAACGCCAACACGAAUGAAAUACAUGAUAGA